ACGGUUUUAAUCGCAUAGUAGAACGUGACGCUGCUCAGCCUUUGUCUUGCCCCAGCAUUUCCCACCCAACAAUCUGCUUUGCCAGAGGAAAGUCGGCCUGCUUAACUUCAAUUUCAUCCGACUUGCGUAAACCGCUUAAUCUUAGAUAGCUCAGGGGCCGGGCAAAGCCCGCAAACCUGUCCUCAAAUUGAGCUGAACACCGUCGGUUGCAUCUACGUUCGGGGAUUUCUCCGCAUGGAUUGAGAGAGGGAGAGGCGAGAACGCGACAAAUGGAGAGAGAGAGCGCGCCUGACUCAGAUGUACAUUUGAUAAUACCAAGCUGAUUGGCAAUGUGCUUGCUCAGUUCUCGCACAGUUCAUAUCAGCUACAGUUCUGAAACGGAGUUCAAUGGCGAUCGCAUCGCAAACGGUAAUGCUGAGGUUGACGCUGCUCAGUCUUUGUCUACAUAUUGUCUUGCCCCAGCGUCUGCCACCCAAUGAUUGCAACCACAUCUUUCACUACCAACGGAGGGGCGAUAUUUGGAUUGGCCAUGGAACGCCCCCUGUGGAUGGGCUCAGAAGCGUUCAUUGGGUGCUGCGCUUUAUGGCACAUGGUGCCAGCCUGGUAUCCGGGCACAGUUGGUGGCUUGGAAGCGUAUCCAGAUAAGGCGACCGCUCUACAAAAUAUGCAUAAUGGCGGGCGAGCUGAAAUAUCUGUGGGCUUUUAUGGUCACUGGGAUGAGCUGCCCAAGAUAGUCGAAAUCAAGCUCAAUGAUGAUGUGCUGUGCACAUCAUCCGGAUAUGGUGCACCCUCAACGACAUUAACUCGAGAGCUAACCAUGUAUGUUACAACGUCGACUGUAACAAAUACUCUUCCGGUACGAAAUAUCAGACCUGCAUUUUUAGAUAAGAUAAAAACUACUCCCGCACAGCACACACCAAGGCCCACACAAAGUCAUACACCAAGGCCUCCAGGAAAUCCUGUAUUUGGUCCACAAUGGGGUGGACCCAACUUUGCUGGCAAUCCAUUCUUGUCGGGGGCAACGUCCAGGAAACCCGCUACUAAUGUUGCCAAUGUUGUCAAUGUACCCAAUGUUGUCCCUGUUAUCCAUGUGGACACGCAGGCGUCUCCAGCAAGAUAUGAGUGCGGCGUAGAGGGUUUAGUUGGCCUACAGAUUGGCGGUGAUUCGCUGCCUAGAGGACGUUUCCCCUGGCUGGCCGCACUCUAUCACGACAGCAAUGUGGACGUCAACAAAAUCGAGCUGUCCUAUAAGUGCGUGACAACUGUGGUCUCUAGACGUACUGUCAUAACAGCGGCGCAUUGUGUCUACGGUCUCACGCCGGCUCAACUGAGGGUUUAUGUAGGACGUCAUGACAUAACCAUGCACCCCGAAAAAGAUGCCACCCUAAUGGCUGUGGAGAUGGUCCGCACGCAUCCUGACUUUGUCGGCAAUCUGGUGCCUGAUUCGGAUUUGGCUCUAUUGGUGCUCGUCGAGCAGGUGCAGUACUCCAUCUAUGUGCGUCCCAUUUGCCUGUGGACCAGCAGCACUACGAUACAUAUCGGUGACAGCGAGCAAACCUCUGUCGCCGGCUGGGGCACCGACAGCAACUCCAAGCCAACUCGCUUUCCCACAACGGUGAAUGUGAGGACAGUGUCUAAUGAGGAGUGUCUGCGGGGAAUGCUCACCGCCAAGGACUUUUUGACGCCCCGCACCCUGUGCGCAGGCAACAGCCAAGGACAUGGCCCUUGCUUGGGUGACUCCGGCGGCGGUUUGAUGGUACUACGUAACGGUCGCUGGUACGUGCGAGGGAUUGUCUCAUUGGCUCAACGUGCCGGCAAUAGUUGUGAUUUGACGCGCUUCGUCAUCUACUGUGACGUUGCUAGACAUCUCGACUGGAUAGAGCGUAAUAUUGUGAGAUAAGCUAUUACAAUUAAGCUAACGAAAUAAAUAAAAAGCUGCCUGCUUAAAUAGUAA